GAUGAUGCCAAUAGUAGUAGCUCUGUCGCAGGCAGAAUAAAUCGUCAAAUCAACUUUUUCGUUCCUCGGGUACGCUGUCUUUAAUGCUACUAAUUACAGCUUUGAACAGCCAAAUUGGCAAGUCUGAUGUUCAAGUCUUGAAGAAGAAUCGAAAAUUUUCCUACUGCCUUUUGUUCCCUUUUGAGAAUCAUGGCUGUAUCAUCCACUGCAAAAUCUGAUCUGCCCUCGUCUCAUUUCUUCAGACCCAUCGUUCGACCUCUCAAUGAAGGCAUUCCACUUCCGACCUCGUUUAUGGAAAGAUAUGGUGAUAGCUUGGGGAAAGUUGUGGUUUUGAAGGUUCCAACUGGAGCUGAAUGGCGGGUAGAAUUGCGCAGGAUUAAUGGCGAGACUUGGAUGCGAAAAGGGCUGCAAGAAUUUGGAGAGUUUUAUUCUAUAGAAUUGUACCAUGUCUUGGUUUUCAGGUAUGAAGGCAAAUCACGAUUCAGUGUCGUAAUAUGUGACAAAACAACUUUCGAAAUCGAUUACUCUGUCCAUGUCAAACAUGUGGAAGUAAGUGAUGAUGACAACAAAUCUGUCAUCAAAAAAUUCGAAAACAGAGGGAGGAAGAAGAAGAACAGAGAGAUUGAGGAAGAUCGGAAGAAGCCAAAUCAGAGAUUGUCAUCGUACUCUUUAGUGGACGGGCGCCGUUUAAGACAAAGGGUCAACACGAGUGGGAAUUACAGAGGAACAUGGAAAUCCCAGAUCCCAGAUGAUCAAAGAGCUUUGAAAUCUGAAUAUCCAUCCUUUGAUUUCGUAGUGGGACGGGCUUAUCUGCGUCCGCACUUUGUAAGCAGUCACAUUUGAUUCUUUCCUUUUUUUUUCUUUUUUGGUUCUUUGUAAUCAUUAUUUAACUUAGAUUACGGAUGUGUUUUGUGUAAUUUUGAAGGAAUUCCCGCGUGGGUUUUGCAAGAACAACUUUGGUAGGAGUUGUAGAGAGGAUUAUAAGGUUGGUGUACCUGAGACUGGAAAAACAUGGGCAGUUCUGUUUCGUGUUCGGGGAAUUAGGGCCUGUAUAUCUGGUCGUGGUUGGAAAAGACUUGUCCAAGAAAAUGGAUUAACCGUUGGAGAGGUUUGUACCUUUGAAUUCAUCAAGGCAAAGAAGUUGUUCAAUUUAUACAGGAGAAAGAAUUGAAGAACAUUAUGCAGAUCCUCUGUUAUGAUAGAAAUUAGGAGUUUAAGAAUAGAUCACAAGUAGUAUGUUUUACCAACUCGUAUGAACUCUAUAUUUCCUAAGUCCUAAGUCCUAACAGAGGAAACAUUCAUUUUGGGAGACUUUCGCGAUGGAGGAAAUAUAUGUAAUGUUGGUACUUUUUCGUAAUGCAGUAUGAAUGCUCUGUUUUUGUUCCGGAAUGACGUGAUAAAUUCUAAUUGAUGGUAUCUUUUGGUAGCGACCAUCUCCGCUGAAAAUUGAAACUUAGAGGCUUAAGAGCAAGUCAUUGGACAGCAUUUUUAUUGAACUUUUUUGAGUUUUCACAUCAAAAACACAUUACUCCAUUUCUUAUGAAACUUUUACCCCUACUGAUCUUAC